AUGAUCACCAAAACAAGUCUAAAUCGAAUCCGAGAGAUUCUUAUUACAGAUAACACUAAUGAAUUUACUGAUAACAUUUCUGAGGAUGAUGAAUCAAAUUCUGAUCCAGAUUAUUCUUUUUCUGAUACUGAAUCAGACAACACAUCCACUGAUGAAUGUAUUUCGAAAGAAGAUUCAUCUGAUGCUCAUUUUAACGAUGAUGAUACACAUAUAAAUGCUCAAUCUGAAUCAAUAGAAAAAGGUGGUGUAUCGUGGUCAACGCAGCGGCCUACAGUUCAAGGUCGUGUACAUUUCAUCAACAUAAUGAAGACAACACCAGGUCCUGUUACUGUAAUCCAGACAAUGAUGGAUGCUUUCAAGCUUUUCUUGACAGAUGAGAUUUUAAAUGAAGUUGUAUUACGAACGAACAAAUAUGCCAGAUUCGAUGAUCGUCAGCUGCGUGAUAAAUUUGAUUAUCUUACACCAAUUCGAACCAUAUUCGAAUAUUUUGUGAAGCAAUUACCACAACAUUUCAUACUAAGUGAGAAUCUUACUAUCGAUGAACAAUUAGUACCAUUUCGAGAUCGAUAUUCAUUUGUACAAUAUAUGCCGAAUAAACCCAACAGAUUUAAAUCCAAUGAAGCUCUUCUUAAUGAUGUUCCUGGACUUUCUUCAAAAGCUGCACGAACACGUUCUUUAUUUUCAUCGGUACUGACAGAUCUAGGUCUGCCAGAUCUGGAUUCAUCUUCAACACUUCCGGUUUCAUCAAAUUUUUGUACGAGAUUCAAAAUAUUCUUUCGUGUUGGACGAGUUCGAUCAUAA